GUGGUUCGCUUCGCUAGUCUUUGAUUCCGUGUCGAUUGGAUGUUUUAUGUUUUCGUUAGUUGAAAAAAAAAUUGAGGGGCAGACUUGAUGGUUUUAAAUGUUGCUUUCGAUAGCGUUUUAAAUUAACAAUAAAAUCGAAAAUGGCCUACCACUACGUCGUGACGGCACACAAGCCGACGGCGGUGACGGCAUGCGUUACCGGCAAUUUCACCUCUUCCACGGAUUUAAAUUUGAUCGUUGCGAAAAACAAUCGUCUGGAUAUCCAUCUCGUUACGCCCGAAGGUCUGCGGGCCAUCAAAGAAAUCGGACUCUACGGUAAGGUAGCAGUCAUGAAAUUGUUCCGGCCCCAGCACGAGAAGAAGGACCUGUUGUUUAUCGUGACCUAUCGCUACAACGCGAUGAUUUUAGAAUGCGUCAGCGACGGGGACAAUUUAGAUAUAAUAACGAAAGCGCACGGCAACGUUUCGGAUCGAAUAGGAAAGCCUUCGGAAACCGGAAUACUUGCAGUUAUCGACCCCAAAGCGAGACUGAUCGGGCUCAGAUUAUAUGAUGGUUUAUUUAAAGUGAUCCCUUUGGAGAAGGACAAUUAUGAACUCAAGGCGACCAAUGUGCGGAUGGACGAGCUCCAAGUGUAUGACGUCGAGUUCCUGCACGGUUGCGUGAACCCGACUCUUAUACUGAUUCACCAGGACGUCAAUGGGCGCCAUGUCAAAACCCACGAAAUAUCAUUAAGGGAGAAAGAGUUUGUUAAAACUCCCUGGCGUCAGGACAAUGUCGAAUCUGAAGCUUCCAUUAUUAUCCCCGUACCUUCUCCACUCGGGGGCGCUAUCAUUAUCGGACAGGAGAAUAUUUUGUACCACGACGGCAUAACCUCUGUGGCUGUGGCACCAGCUGUUAUCAAGCAAAGCACCAUUACAUGUUAUGCGAGAGUAGACCCCAGUGGGCUCAGGUACUUGCUGGGGGACAUGGCGGGCCACUUGUUCAUGUUGUUUAUCGAAACGGAAAGUCGCGGGGGCGACGGACAGGAAAUCGUCAAAGAUUUGAAAGUGGAAAUGUUGGGCGAGAUUGCGAUCCCCGAAUGCAUAACGUACCUCGACAACGGGGUGCUUUUCAUUGGGUCAAAACUGGGCGAUUCUCAGCUGAUCAAGUUAAAUACCAAAGCAGACGAGAACGGUUCUUACGUGACUUUAAUGGAGACAUUUACCAAUCUGGCACCGAUUUUGGACAUGUGCAUAGUGGAUCUUGAGAGACAGGGCCAGGGGCAGUUGGUUACAUGUUCAGGCGCGUUUAAAGAAGGGUCAUUGAGGAUCAUACGAAACGGGAUCGGAAUUCAAGAGCAGGCGUCCAUUGAUCUAACUGGUAUCAAGGGCAUGUGGGCCCUGCAAGCUUCGGGCGGCAAGUUGGACGACACUUUGGUGCUGUCUUUUGUGGGUCAGACUCGUAUACUCAGCCUGAAUGGAGAAGAAGUGGAGGAGACUGACAUAGCAGGCUUCGCGUCCGAUCAGCAGACGUUCUUCUGCGGCAACGUUGCUCACGAACAACUGAUCCAGGUCACUCCCGUGUCCGCCCGUCUCGUCUCGAUCCAGAACAAGACCCUGCUGGCCGAGUGGAAACCGCCCACCGAGAAAAACAUCAUCGUGGUGGCCUGCAACAAGAGCCAGCUAGUCGUGUCGACGGGCAACACCCUAUACUACCUGGAGAUCCACGAGAACGAGCUGAUUCUUAAGAGCAACGCGACCCUCGACGUGGAGGUGUCCUGCCUGGACGUCAGUCCGUUGGACGAAAACGCCUCGUCGUCGGACAUCGUGGCCGUCGGCCUCUGGACCGACAUAUCGGCCAGGAUACUGCGCUUGCCGGACUUGUCCGAGGCGACCAAAGAGUCGCUGGGCGGCGACAUUAUGCCCAGAUCGAUAUUAAUGGCGAACUUCGAAGGACACGAUUACCUACUAUGCGCCCUCGGCGACGGCUCCAUGUACUACUUCUCGUUGAACAAGGAUUCCGGAAAGCUGCUCGACAAGAAGAAGGUGACGCUGGGCACGCAACCGACCAUACUGCGCACGUUCCGCUCGCUGAGCACCACAAACGUGUUCGCGUGCUCCGAUAGGCCUACAGUAAUUUACUCGUCCAAUCAUAAGCUGGUGUUUUCGAACGUGAACAUGCGCGAGGUCAAUCAGAUGUGCUCGUUGAACGCGGAAGCGUAUCCCGACAGUCUGGCGUUGGCGACCGCCAAUUCCGUCACUAUCGGGACGAUCGACGAGAUCCAGAAACUCCACAUCAGGACGAUUCCGUUGCAGGAAUCGCCCAGGCGGAUCGCCUACCAGGAACAGACCCAGGUGUUCGGCGUCAUCACGUCGAGGAUCGAUAUCCAGGACGCGACGGGAUUGAACCCGGCCAGGCCGAGCGCGUCGACGAUGACGCAAGCCGUCACUGUGUCCAGCAGCGUCGCUUCGCUGGCCAAGUCGGGCGGCAGUAACGCGAACGCGGGUACGGCCGGCGGAGCGGUACCAGAAUACGGCCAGGAGGUGGAGGUAUACAAUUUACUCGUCAUCGAUCAAAACACGUUCGAAGUGUUGGCCGCGCACCAAUUCAUGCAGCAGGAGUAUGCGAUGUCGCUGAUAUCGUGCCAGUUGGGUAGCGAUUCCAAUACUUAUUUCGUCGUCGGUACCGCCGCGGUCAACCCUGAGGAGUCCGAGCCGAAACAGGGCCGCAUCCUAGUCUUCCAAUGGAACGACAACAAGCUAAGCCAAAUUUCCGAAAAGGAGAUCAAGGGCGCGUGCUAUUCGCUCUCGGAGUUCGGCGGCAAGCUGCUCGCAAGCAUCAACAGCACCGUCAGACUGUUCGAGUGGACCAGUGAACAAGAACUGAGACUCGAGUGUUCCCAUUUCAACAACAUCGUAUCGUUGUACCUGAAGACGAAGGGCGACUUCAUCCUGGUCGGUGACCUGAUGCGCAGCAUGACCCUCUUGCAGUACAAAACGAUGGAGGGCAGUUUCGAGGAAAUCGCGCGCGACUUCAACCCCAAUUGGAUGACCGCAGUGGAGUUUCUCGACGACGAUGUGUUCUUGGGGGCGGAGAACUGUUUCAACAUGUUUGUGUGUCAGAAGGAUAGCGCCGCCGCGACCGACGAGGAACGGUCGCAGAUGAUGGAGGUGGGGCACAUCCACAUCGGCGACAUGAUCAACGUCUUUCGGCACGGCUCCUUGGUCAUGCAGAAUAUCGGCGAAACGUCUACGCCGACGAGGGGCUGCGUACUUUUCGGUACAGUGGGAGGGGCCAUCGGGUUGGUCACACAAAUCGCGCCGGAAUUUUAUGAAUUCCUCAUCGAGCUUCAGAAAGAACUGUCCAUAACGAUCAAGUCGGUGGGUCGGAUCGAGCACUCGUUCUGGAGGGCGUUCCACACAGAUAUCAAGACUGAGAACAGCGAGGGUUUCGUGGACGGCGACCUCAUCGAAAGUUUCCUCGACUUGUCGCCGGACAAGAUGAAAGAGGUGGCCGACAAUUCGCAAGUGACCGUCGAACACCUAGUCAAAACUGUCGAGGAUUUAACGAGGAUACAUUAGGCUCGUAAGUUGGCCGCAAGAUGUUUUUUUUUUGUAAACUUGCGUUUGUUUGGAUGUAAGUCGUUGUACAUAAUACUAACCGUAAUAAAUAGUGAAUACACACGAAAGUGUUUUGGUUAGUUA